CGGCCGGGCCCCGAGCGGGCGGCGUCUCCCGGUGGCGCUUCCCACAGGGUGACGCGCGGACUCCCCUCCCCGCGGCCCGCCCGCCGGCCGCCUCGCCGCCGCCUCCCUCGCUCCCUCAGCGCGCCGAGCGCGGGCCAGCGGCCGGGGCGGAGGCCCGGGGGCGACGCGGGGCCUGUUCGAGGGCGGGCGGCGGGCUUCCGAGCGCCGGGCGGCUCGGGUUCGCGGCCGGGCAGUGGGCGGCGGGCCGGCGGCGGGCGCGGGGUCUAUAUGGCGGCGGCUCUGUCGGGCCUGGCUGUCCGCCUCUCGCGCUCGGCCGCCGCCCGCUCCUAUGGGGUCUUCUGCAAGGGGCUGACCCGCACGCUGCUCAUCUUCUUCGACCUGGCCUGGCGGCUGCGCAUCAACUUCCCCUACCUCUACAUCGUGGCUUCCAUGAUGCUCAACGUCCGCCUGCAGGUUCAUAUCGAGAUCCAUUGACGACCUUCCACCGACUGGCACAGGCGCGUCCUGGGGCCCCCGCCGCAGAAACGCAGCAUGAGGGACGGGACAGGGACUCUGGGCACCUGCCUCGCGAAAGUGCCGCCAGGGGACUCGGCCAAGCGACCAUGUAGCCUUCGAA